CUCUACAGUUAAUCAUUGACUUUUUUUUUUUUUUUGGUGGUGUGUCCUCAACUCACCAUGUUGAUUUUCAAUAACACCACAUCCUCUUCCUCCAAUUUCCUCCUCACUGCCUUCCCUGGACUGGAACUUGCUCACGUCUGGAUCUCCGUACCUGUCUGCUGUCUCUACAUCAUUGCCCUCUUGGGAAACAGCAUGAUCUUGCUUGUCAUCGUUAUUGAACGCAGUCUCCACAAACCCAUGUACUAUUUCCUCUCCAUGCUCUCAGCUAUUGAUUUAUGUCUGACCAUCACAACUCUUCCCACUGUUCUUGGGGUUCUCUGGUUUCAUGCUCGGGAGAUCAGCAUAAAACCUUGCCUCAUUCAAAUGUUCUUUGUGCAUGCUUUCUCCUUCCUGGAGUCCUCAGUGCUGGUAGCCAUGGCCUUUGACCGCUACAUGGCCAUCUGCAACCCACUGAAGUAUGCUACUGUCCUCACAGACAUGAUGAGCCUGGUGAUUGGACUGACCAUCCUCAUACGGCAAGUAAUUUUCAUGUUUCCCUGUGUUCUGGCUGUGAACUCUGUGUCUUUCCAUGGAGGGCAAGAGCUUUCCCACCCAUUUUGCUUCCACCCAGAUAUGAUCAAAUUCACAUAUUCUAACCCCUGGAUCAGCAAUUUUUGGGGAUUGUUUCUUCAGUUCUACCUGAAUGGCACUGACUUAUUGUUCAUUCUUUUCUCCUAUGUCCUGAUCCUCCGUACUGUUCUGAGCAUUGUGACCCCAAAGAAGCAACAAAAAGCUCUCAGCACUUGUGUCUGUCAUAUCUGUGCUGUGACUAUCUUCUAUGUGCCAAUGAUCAGCUUGUCCUUAACACACCGUCUCUUCCGUUCCACCCCAAGGGUGAUCUGUAGUGUUUUGGCCAAUAUUUACCUGCUCUUGCCUCCUGUACUGAACCCCAUCAUUUACAGCUUGAAGACCAAGGUGAUCCGUCAGGCCAUUUUCCAGCUACUCCAAUUCAAGGGUUCACGGAACACCAGUGUGAGGGGCCUUAGAGGAAGGUGGAACUAA